AUGCUGUUGCCUGCAACAGAAGGCGGCUACAGCCUCCUCGCCUCGUUCGUAGUACAUUCAUCGCGCUCACGGCUCAAGUUGCUGGGCAGUGACUACUGCAUGUACGACGAGAACCAAACUGCACGUCGUCAAGAGUCUAGCUUCCGCCGCUGCCCCAUCCCCGCCGUCCUCGCGCCCGUCACCGCCGUCGUCGCGUCCCAUCCCCGCCGUUGUCGCGCCCCCGGCCGUCCCGGCCUUCAUCCCCCCAGGACUCCCAUCUGCCGCCGGCGUCCUCGUCGUUGGGGGCGCGCUCCGACCUCGCCGCCGCCUUCUACACCUCCAUCAGCUGCGGACGCACAGCGCGCGGGCUCGGUGCUGUACGUCUCGCUCGGCAGCUUCCUCUCGGUGUCCGCCGCCCAGUUCGACGAGAUCGCCGCUGGCCUGGCCGAGACCAAGGCCAGGUUCUUGUGGGUGCUCCGCGACGCCGACGCGUGCUCCCGCGCGCGAGGCCUGAUCCGCGAUCCCGACGCCGGACGCAUCGUGCCGUGGACGGACCAGCUAAGGGUGCUGUGCCACCGCUCGGUGCUGUACGUCUUCACCCACUACGGCAUGAACUCGGCACUCGAGGCGGUGUACUCGUUGGCCUCAGGGACAUGGCCCGGGCCGACGUCGUCGUCGGUAGAGAGGAGAUCGCCGCGGCCGUGGAGAGGCUGA